AUGUCAGGUAGCCCCCUUACAAAGUACCAGCUUUCAGGAUCACAGAGAGUGUGCUUACUAAGAAAUAAAAUUAAUGUAGUUCUUAAUGAAUGGAAGCGUCAGGUAGCAUAUACUAUACAACAUCAUCAACACGAUUGUCUGGUUAUUGGGGCCGGUGGUGCCGGGCUCCGAGCAGCAGUCGGACUGGCUGAAGCAAAAUUCUCUGUCGCUCUCGUCAGUAAAUUGUUUCCGACACGUUCCCAUACGAUUGCUGCCCAGGGUGGUAUGAAUGCUUCGAUAGCAUGCAUGAUGACGAUUGGCGCUGGCACUUUUACGACACUGUCAAAGGAUCCGACUGGCUUGGCGACCAGCACAGGACACGCUCUCCUCCAUACUCUAUAUGGGUAUAGUACAAAGUUCAAAAAUAUCGAUCUUUUCUCCGAGUUUUUUGUUUUGGAUCUUCUUGUACAAGAUAAUGUCAUUUUAGGGGCUCUCGCUCUAGAUAUGGAUGAUAGCAGUCUUCACAGUUUUCAGGCUAAAAACACUGUGAUUGCAACAGGAGGUUAUCCUCGUAUGUACUUCUCUUGCACAGCAGCACACACGUGCACUGGAGACGGCUGCGCUAUGGCCUCACGAGCUGGCAUUCCACUGCAAGACCUGGAAUUCAUACAGUUUCAUCCAACUGGCAUGUACGGAUCUGGAUGCCUCAUGACUGAAGGUUGUCGAGGAGAAGGUGGCUACAUCGUGAAUAGCGAGGGAGAGCGUUUCAUGGAGCGAUAUGCACCAAAAGCUAAGGAUCUCGCUAGCAGAGACGUUGUUUCGAGAUCUAUCGCUACGGAAAUCAGACAAGGACGAGGAGUUGGUCCAAAGAAGGACCAUGUAUACCUUCAGCUUCAUCAUCUUCCUCCUGAAGUAAUUCGGGAAAGGUUACCUGGGAUAUCAGAGACCGCCUGGACUUUUACUGGCGCCGAUGUGUAUACUCAACCAGUGCCUAUAGUGCCCACAGUUCAUUAUACGAUGGGUGGAAUACCUAUCAAUUAUAAGGGCGAGGUUUUAGAACACAAAAAUGGAUGCGAUACUAUUAUUCCUGGUCUUCAUUCCGCUGGCGAGGCAGUGAGCAACUGCCACGGCGCAAACAGAUUAGGAGCAAAUUCUAUAUUAGAUGUUGUAGUAUUUGGUAAAGCGAUAGGAUUGAAUAUGGCAAAUGUUGCAAAUCCCGGCGCAAGUCAACCGAAGUUAAAAGAUAGUACUUGUGAACCUAUUCUGGACAACUUAGAUAAGGUGCGUAAUGCCAAAGGAACGACGGCGGUGCACGAGCUAAGAGGGUCUAUGAGAGCCACUAUGCAAAAUAAAUGCGGAGUUUUUAGAGAUGAAAAACUGUUAAGUGAAGCCAACAAAGAAAUCCAGCAAUGGUUGAAAUGUUUUGAUGAUAUUCGCGUUACUGACCACCGCUCCAACUGGAAUUCUGAUUUAAUUGAGGCCCUCGAGCUUCAGAACAUGCUUCAAACAGCAGUCCAGGUAGUGGCUUGUGCACUUAAUAGAAAAGAGAGUCGAGGGGCACAUUUUAGAGAUGAUUUCCCUAAAAGAAUUGAUGAAAUGGAUUACAGCAAGUCUACUAAAGGACAGACGGUGAAACCGAUUGAGCAACAUUGGAGAAAACACAGCUUAUCAACUUUAGAUUUAAAAACGGGUAAUGUGACUAUUACCUACCGACCGGUGAUCGAUAAGACUUUGGAUGAUCAAGUUGAAACUAUUCCACCAGUCCCGAGAGUAUAU